AUGAUCCCACCUGGAGUUGAACCUGAUUCGGAACUUGGCAAUGCCUUGAUGGAGCUAGAACAAGCCAGACUGGCAGCCAUUCGCCAGUUCGAGGCAAUGCAAGCACGGAAGGAUCAAGACCACCAAGAAGAGUGGAUGAUGAGACAAAGGGAAAAGAGCAAAAAGGUUGCGGAUCUCCCGAACGGCGAGGUGAUUGACAGACUGGUUCAGUCUGUACAAGACAUCGUCAAGGUCCUUGGCGAGGAGAUCGAUGAGCUGGAGGACGAAAAGGGACACGGACCGCACCUCUUGACGCUGAUGACCGAAUUUGCCAAAAACUACCGCAACGGUCUGGCUCGUUUCCGACUGUUGCCAUUCCUCGAGGACGAGGAUCAAGUCAUAUCCUGCGCCGAUGAGCUCAAUAGUCUGAAAUUGGACUACCGCGACGACCUGGAAGAGUUCGAAGCCCUCAUCGGGCUGGUCACUAUCGACCAACCUUUGUUCUGCUGGUUGCAGGAUAUCAAGCGGGCGUUCAAUAACCUGUACUCCCUUCGAUGCGGGAGGGAUGUCUUGCUCCGCGAAUGGCUCAAUUCGUAUCUCGAGCGCGACGACCUGCUCGAGUCGGCCAAGUCCAGAACCAAAGGCAAGGAAGGGGAAGGAAAGAACCCGUUACAGGCGCGAGUCGAAGAGGCGUUUGCGGAGCAGGACUUGCCUGUCCCCGAGACGUACAAGCCGGGGUACAAAGAAGCGCGAGCGAAGCAGGCAAAGGAGAGGUUGGAGAAGAUGGAAGCCGAAUGGAAGUUGGCGGACGCUGAUGACGGCAAGGUGAAACCACCCUCCCAGCCCAAGAUGGACCAGACUAUCCAGACUCAGGUCGAGGGUCAAAAGGCGUGA